AUGGCGAAAGCGACGUCCGGCGCCUCCCGGCUGCGGCUGCUCCUGCUGCUGCCGCUGCUGGGCGAAGCCCCUCUAGGCCUCUACUUCUCCAGAGAUGCUUACUGGGAGCAGCUGUACCUGGACCAACCGGCUGGCAUGCCCUUGCUCUAUGUCCAAGCCCUUCGGGACACGCCCGAUGAGGUGCCCAGCUACCACCUGGGCCAGCAUCUCUACGGGGCCUACCGCACAAGGCUGCAUGAGAAUGACUGGAUCCGGAUCCAGGAGGACACUGGCCUUCUGUACCUCAACCAGACCCUGGACCACAGCUCCUGGGAGAAACUCAGCAUCCGAAAUGGAGGCUACCCUCUGCUCACAGUCUUCAUCCAGAUUUUUCUGUCAUCUCUGCCCGUGCGUGAGGGUGAGUGCCAGUGGCCAGCCUGUGCCCGCGUGUACUUCUCCUUCAUCAAUGCCUCCUUCCCACCUUGUAGCUCCCUCACAGCACGGCAGCUCUGCUUCCCAGAGACAGGCCUCUCCUUCCGCAUCCGGGAGAAUAGGCCUUCUGGAACCUUCCACCAGUUCCGCCUGCUGCCUGUCCAGUUUCUCUGCCCCAACAUCAGCGUGGCCUACAGGCUCCUGGAAGGUGAGAAUCUGCCCUUCCAGUGCACACCGGACAGCAUGGAGGUGAGCACGCGCUGGAGCCUGGACCGGGAGCAGCAGGAAAAGUACGAGCUGGUGGCCGAGUGUGUGGUGCACACGGGCGCACGUGAGGAGAAGGUCAUGGCACCCUUCCCUGUGACGGUCUACGAUGAGGACGACUCACCGCCCACCUUCCCCUCAGGAGUGGAUACCACCAGUGCCGUGGUUGAGUUCAAGCGGAAAGAGGGCACCGUGCUAGCGACCCUGCGUGUGUUUGAUGCCGAUGUGGUGCCAGCGUCUGGGGAGCUGGUGAGGCGGUACACAAGCCUUCUGCUCACCGGGGACCCCUGGGCCCAGCAGACCUUCCGUGUGGAGCACUCUCCCAAUGAGACCUUGGCCCAAACCAACAACAGCUUUGUGAGGGCCACCCUACAUGACUACAAGCUGGUUCUCAACCGGACCCUCCCCAUCUCAGAGAGCCGAGUCCUACAAUUGGCUGUGCUGGUCAAUGACUCUGACUUCCAGGGCCCAGGCUCAGGGGUCGUCAUCCUCCACUUCAACAUCUCUGUGCUACCUGUCAGCCUGCACCUGCCCAGCACCUACUCCUUCUCCAUGAGCAGGCGGGCUCAUCGUUACGCUCAGAUUGGGAGAGUCUGUGUGGAAAACUGCCAGGAGUUCAGUGGAAUCCAGGUCCAGUACAAGCUUCAGGCCUCCAGCACCAACUGCAGUGCCCUGGGCGUGGUCACCUCUGCUGAAGACACCUCAGGGACGCUGUUCGUGAACGACACUGAGGCGCUGCGACAGCCCGAGUGCGGGGAGCUGCAGUACACGGUGGUAGCCACCGACCGGCACACCCGCAGGCAGGCGCAGGCCUUGCUCCUCCUUGCGGUUCAGGGGACAUAUGUAACUGAAGAGGUGGGCUGUCCGCGGUCCUGUGCAGUCAGCAAGAGGCGAUCUGAGUGCGAGGAAUGUGGUGGCCUGGGUUCUCCAACGGGCAGAUGCGAGUGGAGGCAGGGAGAUGGGAAAGGGAUCACGAGGAACUUCUCUACCUGCUCUCCCAGCACUAGGACCUGCCCUGACGGUCACUGUGACGCUGUGGAGAUUCGGGAUAUCAACAUCUGCCCCCAGGACUGCCUCCGGGGCAGUAUUGUUGGGGGACAUGAGCCAGGUGAGAGACGAGGGAUUAAAGCCGGCUAUGGCAUCUGCAACUGCUUCCCAGAAGAGAAAAAGUGCUUCUGUGAGCCAGAGGACCACCAAGGCCCACUGUGUGAUGAGCUGUGCCGCACGGUGAUUGCUGCUGCUGUCCUGUUCUCCUUCAUCGUCUCCAUCCUGCUGUCCACCUUCUGUAUCCAUCGCUACCACAAGCACGCCCACAAGCCAUCCAUCCCCUCUGCCGAGAUGACCUUUUGUCGACCUGCCCAGGCCUUCCCUGUCAGCUACUCUUCAUCCGGUGCCCGCCGGCCCUCACUGGACUCCAUGGAGAACCAGGUGUCGGUGGAUACCUUCAAGAUCCCGGAAGAUCCAAAGUGGGAGUUUCCUCGCAAGAACUUAGUUCUCGGGAAAACUCUGGGAGAAGGCGAGUUUGGAAAAGUGGUUAAGGCAACCGCCUUUCGCCUGAAGGGCAGAGCGGGGUACACCACAGUGGCCGUGAAGAUGCUUAAAGAGAACGCCUCCCCCAGUGAACUGAGGGACCUCCUGUCUGAGUUCAACCUCCUGAAGCAAGUCAACCACCCUCACGUCAUCAAGCUGUAUGGAGCCUGCAGUCAGGAUGGGCCACUUCUCCUCAUUGUGGAAUAUGCCAAGUAUGGCUCCCUGAGGAGUUUCCUGCGGGACAGUCGCAAGGUGGGGCCGAGCUAUGUGGGCAGCGGAGGCAGCCGGAACUCCAGUUCCCUGGACCACCCAGACGAGCGAGCACUGACCAUGGGGGACCUCAUCUCCUUUGCCUGGCAGAUCUCCAGGGGAAUGCAGUACCUGGCAGAAAUGAAGCUCGUUCAUCGGGACUUAGCAGCCAGGAACAUCCUGGUGGCUGAGGGGAGGAAGAUGAAGAUCUCUGACUUUGGUCUAUCUCGAGAUGUUUACGAAGAAGAUUCCUAUGUAAAGAGAAGCAAGGGCCGGAUUCCUGUCAAAUGGAUGGCAAUCGAGUCCCUUUUUGAUCACAUCUAUACCACCCAAAGUGAUGUAUGGUCCUUUGGGGUUCUGCUGUGGGAAAUUGUGACCCUGGGGGGCAACCCCUACCCUGGAAUUCCUCCUGAGCGGCUCUUCAACCUUCUCAAGAUUGGCCACCGCAUGGAAAGGCCAGACAACUGCAGCGAGGAAAUGUAUUCCUUGAUGCUACAGUGCUGGAAGCAGGAACCAGACAAGAGGCCAGUCUUUGCCGACAUCAGCAAAGACCUAGAGAAGAUGAUGGUGAAGAGCAGAGAUUACUUGGACCUGGCUGCAUCUACGCCAUCUGACUCACUGCUUUAUGACGAUGGCCUGUCGGAGGAGGAGACGCCCUUGGUGGAUUGUAAUCAGGCCCCCCUCCCGCGUACCCUUCCCUCCACCUGGAUUGAAAACAAACUCUAUGGCAUGUCAGACCCGAACUGGCCUGGAGAGAGUCCUGUACCACUUACGCCAUCAGCUGUCACUAACACGGGGUUCCCAAGAUAUGCAAAUGAUAGUGUAUAUGCUAACUGGAUGGUUUCACCCUCAGCGGCAAAAUUAAUGGACACGAUUGAUAGUUAA